AUGAUGCUUCUGCUGCUACUAUUGCCGCUAUUAACUCUGUCUGAAGGUCUAGACAAGGAAAGGACAUUAAGACUUCGACACAAGCUUCUGGGCAAUUACAGCCGAGCCGUACAACCUUCAAGCUCUGGUGAUGGUGAUGACAGACUCUCAAUCCAACUGGGAUUCUGGCCCAUGGCCAUCGUGGAACUGGACGAAAGGAAGCAAGUCUUCACAUCGGCUGGAAGCAUCGUCAUGAGAUGGUUAGAUCCGGAUCUGGCGUGGAACGAGAGCGAGUUCUCGGAUAUCGGGGAGCUGAUUCUUCUUGUGGACGAUGUUUGGCUGCCUGAAUACACGAUCCUCAACCACGUGGAACGAAUCUCGAGUCGGUCGCUGUUUUCGAGGGUGACAGUAUUGAACAACGGUACCGUGACGUACGAAAUAACCGAUGUGUUCAAAACCAUCUGCACCGUCGACCUGACAAGGUAUCCCUUCGAUCAACAGGACUGUGCGCUGAGGUUUAGUACGCUAACAGCGAAGUACGUUUUCGUCGAACAGGGGCCCUUUACGUUGGAAAUCACGGGAUACGGCUUUUUCACGGAAACCAAGGAAUGGGUUUUGACGGAGCUGUAUUUCUUCACGAAGACGUCCUAUGGGAUCAGCAAUGUGGACUUUCAUUUCAAAGUCCGCCGCUAUCCGCAGUUCUACGUGACCACCAUCAUAUUCCCGGUCGCCCUGCUUUCGGUGCUCAACUCCUUCGUGUUUCUGUUUCCGGUGGAAUCCGGAGAGAACAUGUCGUACCUCGUGUCCAUAAUGCUGUCUUACGCCGUCUACCUCAACCUGAUCAAUGACGUGAUGCCCAACUCCGAGGAAACGUCCAGGCUAGCCGUCUACCUCGUUCUGGCUCUCAGUCAGAGUGCCCUGUCCAUUGUCAUGUCGUUGUUCACCCUGAAUGUCCAUCACCAUGGCAACCUCACAAGCAAUACCUCCAGCAGUAUCCCUAGUAGUACCGUCAGCAGCUGUUCCAACAACAAUGUACAGAAUGUGAGUCCAGGCAGUUUAAAUGUGAAGGAUGCCGAUGCUUCUAGCGAAACGAUCGGAGGUGUUGAUGUUGGUGAUGACGUCAGUUCUGACGUCAGUAGAUACUCCGGAAGAAAACUCUCGAUACGGCAGCUGAAUGUGAUCCUUUUUGUCGUUUUCCUAAGUUCUGCUUUAUUGAGUGUCUUAAUAUUUUUUAUUUGA